CUCCCCUCCGAGCGCUCGUAUUCAGGCCUUGAUAAAGCGCGGUCGGCAGGUCGAAGAAUAAGACUUCGGUUCGUCUUUGUCACUCGGCGCUAUAGACUCAUCAUCCCGUCCCUUCCCCUUUCCCCUUCCCCUUUCCCCUCCCCUUGACGCUGGCUCGUCGCUUCAUUUGGCCUGGCGUUUCAUAUUCGAAAAGCGACGCUGGCUCGUCGAACACACCGUGCUUUGCGCAUUUGCUCCACCCAUCGGCCGGGGCCAAGCUAGCCCACCAUGCGGCUCACUAGCUCGCUCUCGCUCGCGAUUGCACUGCUGCUCUGCGUGCUUCACGUGGGCGAGGUUUCAACGUCACCCAUCGCAAUGCCCCUCACGCGGCGCAUCCCACGGACACUCUUCGCACCAUCAACCUCAUUAUUGGGGAGGAGGAAGUGGAACGUGGGGAGCGACAGCAGCAACAGCAGCAGUCACGUAAUAGGGGCGCUGACGAGGAGGACGGAAGCGCGGGCCAGCGAUAGCAGCCUUGCCGGCUUAAUUGCAUCACCACCGCCGAUGAUGGCGCUCGAACGAAGACAGGACGACGAGUCUGCCGCCACAGAUUCGGCGUCCAGCGAUUCGAGCGGCUCCGGGUAUUGCCCCGAUCCUCCUUACGACGACGGAUUCUAUCACCCGGGCAAGCUGUGUGCAUGCUGCAAGCCAUUCGCCACGUAUGAUGACGGUUUCUACCAUCCGGGAUUCCGUACCAGCGCGCAGGCGGCCGCCGCGGGAUUGGAUGUGCCGGAUGCAGAUGGUUUUACACCUGAUCCGCCAUUUGACGACGGGCUCUACCACCCAGGACGCAAAUGCGCGACAUGCCGACCGUACAAUUGGGUGCCUGCUACCCCUCCAGAUGACCCGCCAGCCGACUCCGGUUCAGAAUCCGGCUGAUCGACAGGAGCGACAGAAGGCAAAUGCUUCGUUGCUGAAGGCACGCAGCCGCGGAUAAUAGCGGAGGCAACGGGUAUCUCAUAUGGGCGGCAGCGGCGGUGCUUUUCGAUUUGGAUGCAUGGGUCGCAUGUCUCGAAAUCUGCAUCAAUACAUGUGGCUUUUCGUGUAGCAGUGAUCGACCCGCAAGUCGUGCACGCCGGUGCUUUUGCAAUGUCGGAUGAAAAAAAUGUGUGGAGGAACGAGUGUGGUGUUUGGUGGUCAGGUUUGAAGAGUCAACCCUGCAAGAUAACAUGCCACAUUGCG